CAGCAUCCAGCACAAUGCACAGACAACUGAGCUAAAGCAGCACUGCCAGGGAGGAGUCCAGAGCCCACCCGAAGCCCCUGGCACAGCCUCUCGUCCUGGCAGCUUUUUUUCCAGUGCCAUGUCUAAACUUUCCCUCCUCUGCCCAGUAUUUUCCUUGCAUUUUCCAUAGCAGUGAGUAGUGUGGGCUGGGAGCUGCCAGAGAUGUGCAUGUGUAUCCUGGGCUCAGGAGUAUUUGCAGCUGCUGCUGUAUAAGGACACACAUUUGCAGGCACCCAGGCAUGCACCCACUGCUUCCCUGAGACCCACCCCUUCUGUCCUCUCUCCCACACCACUCUAUCCACGGAAAUUUGGGGCCAAUCCAGCAUGAAACGAGGAUGAUGCCAGCAAGGAAAGGUCCGGACAGCAGAUACCCACUGCACUGCCUGGUGUGGCACAAUAAAUACAGGGAACUGGAGAAGGAGCUCACAGACAAGCAGGAGCAUAUUGAGCAAGUAGACCCACGGGGACGGACCCCUCUUCACCUCGCUACAACACUGGGUCACCUGGAAUGCGCACGAGUGCUGCUAAAACAUGGCGCCGACGUCAGCAAAGAGAACCGCAGUGGUUGGACGGUGCUUCAGGAGGCCGUCAGCACACGGGACCUGGAAUUGGUGCGAUUGGUAUUAAGGUAUCGUGAUUACCAGAGGACCAUCAAGCGGCUGGCAGGAAUUCCCAUUCUUCUGGAGAAACUUCGGAAGGCCCCGGACUUUUACGUGGAAAUGAAAUGGGAGUUUACCAGCUGGGUGCCUUUAGUGUCCAAAAUCUGCCCCAGCGACACAUACAAGGUGUGGAAGAGUGGACAAAAUCUUCGAGUAGACACCACGCUUCUUGGGUUUGAUCACAUGACGUGGCAGCGAGGCAACCGCAGCUUCAUUUUUAGGGGUCAAGACACCAGCGCAGUGGUCAUGGAAAUUGAUCACGACAGACACGUGGUCUUCACUGAAACCCUGACCUUUGGUUCCCAGGACCAUGAAGUUCUCCUGGCUGCUGUGCAGCCCACCGAGGAGCAGGCCAUGAGCCGACUGACAGCCCCCGUAGUGACCACUCAGCUGGAUACCAAGAACAUUGCCUUUGAGAGGAACAAAUCAGGAAUCCUUGGAUGGAGGAGUGAGAAGACAGAAGCUGUCAAUGGAUAUGAGGCAAAGGUGUAUGGCGCUUCCAAUGUAGAAUUAAUCACUAGAACCCGCACAGAACAUCUAUCAGACCAGCACAAAGGGAAGAGCAAAGGCAGUAAAACCCCUCUACAAUCAUUCCUUGGGAUAGCAGAACAGCAUGUUGGACCAAACAAUGGGCAGACUUUAAUCACUCAGACCUUCAGCCAGACAAAUCCCACAGCCAUUACGCCCGAUGAAUACUUUGACCCAAAUUUUGAGCUGGGACAUCGGGAUAUGGGGAGGCCUAUGGAGCUCACUACCAAAACCCAGAAGUUCAAAGCCAAGUUAUGGUUGUGUGAAGACCAUCCACUGUCGCUGUCUGAACAGGUUGCCCCCAUCAUCGACCUCAUGGCAAUAAGCAAUGCACUUUUUGCAAAACUCCGUGACUUUAUAACUCUCAGGCUACCCCCAGGGUUCCCCGUCAAAAUCGAAAUACCCAUCUUCCAUAUCCUGAACGCCCGCAUUACAUUUGGUAACUUGAAUGGAUGCGACGAGCCUGUGUCAUCGCUGCGCCAGAGUCCGAGCAGUGAGGCCCCCUCUCCGAGCAGCGACUCCUGCAGUGUUAGCAGCACCAGCUCAAUAAGUAUGAUGCCACAUCAGGGGGACACGGGACAGAGGGCUUCCAACACCUCAGGCAAAGGCUGUGAAAUGGACCAGUCAUUGUUUGAAGCACCUCGUAGCUACAGUGUGGUGGGGAGUUAUAGGGAGACAAUGCGGGAGGAGGAGGAUGACCUGCUGCAGUUUGCUAUCCAGCAAAGUUUGUUAGAAGCCGGCAGUGAGUACGAUCAGGUUACAAUUUGGGAAGCUUUGACUAACAGCAAACCGGGAACUCACCCAAUAUCCAGUGGAGGGCGGAAAGGAGAAAGAACCCCCCAACACACACAGCCGCGCAGCCCUCCGCACACAGAUCCGGGCAGGGUCUUCAGCACUUACCAACAGCAAUUAAGACUUGCCAUGGAGCUGUCGGCUAAAGAGCAGGAAGAAGCUGAGAAGCUGAAGCAGCAGGAAGAGGAAGAACUGGAACGAAUCCUGCAGCUCUCCCUUACUGAGAAGUAACAGGACUUCCCCUAGAGAGGACAACCUUCCCAGGAGGUCUACUGAGUCGGCCCAAAGGCUCACCCUGAAGCCACAGCUCUACAUGUGUUUAAAUAAAGGAUUAAUUAUGAUUGGUGAUAGGUACAGAUGGGGCUUCCUGAUACACAUGAGUAAUGCAAGAGCCAGAGGAAAGGGUCACACACCACUAGAGACUUAUCAUUUGAUCUACAGCCCAAUCUUACAGCCACAAUACCAGGAGUAGUUGCCACAAACCAUACAAUGGAUACAGAUACUCCCCAAUAACAAUACUUGUUUCCUUUGGUGUGUAAUCCCUUUGCCCCUGGGGGCAAAACUACUAUAUUACACGUCAAGGCCCAAAAGUUGUUUUUUUUUGUGUGGUUCAUCAGCAAACUGAUCAAUGUUUCUAAUAUGGCACCUACUUGUGGGUAAAGAAAUGUGAAUUCC